CUAAUUUGUACAAGUAUUUUCACUGACGGCUUCGCCACCACCGUUGAAUCAUUACAUCGUCAGUGGAGCAUGUCGUCUGGGUUCGGGUUCAAGGGCACGGCCAACCGAUGCUACGCCUUCUGGAAGGACGUGGAGCGUUGCAACGUCGAAGCGGCACAGCCUGGACAAUGCUCGGCGGCCGUCGAGGAUUACCUUGAGUGCUUGCACCACAAGAAGGAGUUGGCCCGCAUGAAUGCUAUCAUCGUGCACAAGGAACAAGAAAGCCAGGGGAAGGCGCACGGCGGAGGAGGACAUUAAUGUUAGGUUGCUCCAUGUUAUGCGCAAUAUAAUGAAUCCCUGCUGUGGAUAUACUAGUGAUCUGUUCCCUUUCCAUCGUCACAUAGCAUUAGUCUUCUACGGGUCACACACACAC